AUGUCUGCCCCCCAGGAUGUUUUGUCUGCCAAUGGCAAUGAUCUUGUCGACCACCUGGAUCAACUGAAGAUGGAGGAAAGACUUGGUCCAGACGGCGAGCCCGCCCCUAAGACGGACGAGGAAUACGCCCAGGCCCAGCUCACUCUACGAGCCAUCGUUUCUUCCAAAGAAGCCGGUGUCAUCAUUGGCAAGGGAGGCAAGAAUGUCGCUGACCUCCGCGACGAGACUGGCGUCAAAGCCGGCGUCAGCAAAGUAGUUCAGGGGGUUCACGAUCGUGUCCUUACCAUCACUGGUGAAUGUGAUGCUAUUUCCAGAGCCUAUGCCAUUGUAGCCAGAGCCCUACUCGAAGGGGCCCCAGCUAUGGGUAUGGGAGGAAUAGUCCAGAGCAACGGCACGCACCCUAUUAAGCUCCUCAUCUCUCACAACCAAAUGGGCACCAUCAUCGGUAGGCAAGGACUCAAGAUCAAGCAUAUCCAGGAUGUGUCCGGCGUCCGCAUGGUAGCGCAAAAGGAAAUGCUACCCCAAUCCACGGAACGAAUUGUCGAAGUCCAGGGCACUCCCGACGGCAUUCAGCGAGCUGUGUGGGAGAUUUGCAAGUGCCUUGUCGACGACUGGCAGCGUGGUACCGGCACUGUCCUCUACAACCCCGUUGUGCGCACUCAAGCCGGCUCCGGUAGCCUGGGAAGCAACUACAACAACGGUGGCGGCCGAAGCGACUACGGUAGUCCUCGGGUUAUGCGCACCGGCAACGGAGCCGACUUCAGCAAUGGUGGUGUUCGACCAUUCAGCCGCCGAUCUGAUUCCGACGCAGCCAGCCGCGGUCCCCCCACACACGAUGAGAAUGGCGAGGAGAUCCAGACUCAGAACAUCAGCAUCCCCGCAGAUAUGGUUGGCUGCAUCAUCGGCCGGGCCGGCAGCAAGAUCAGUGAGAUCCGUAAGACGUCGGGAGCCCGCAUUUCUAUUGCCAAGGCGCCACACGAUGAGACGGGCGAGCGCAUGUUCACCAUCAUGGGUACUGCCAAGGCCAAUGAGUCUGCUCUGUUCUUGCUGUAUGAGAACCUCGAGGCAGAGAAGAUGCGCCGAAGCCAGCUACAGGAGCCGGAGUAA